ACUAGCGGGAGUGUGAGAGAAACGAAAUCCUCACAUUUGCUUUUUCAACCUCAAUAAGUUUCUUUAUAACUAAUCAUAUUUAGUACGUACAGCUUUAUCUGCUUAAGUGCGAUAGGAAUAUUUUGUGUUGCUGAAGGCGUGUCGCGCAUCUGUUAUGUUUACAUUUCUCAUGUGAUGUCUUUAUAUUCCCGUCACUAAUUACUGUGUGUCAAUGACAGAUGGCUGGACAAAACUCGGAAAUCGAGCUUGAUUUGAUCAAAACUGGAGAGAGAAGCUCUUUGGUAAAAGCUGUAAUGGAGGUGUCCAGCACAGCACCUGGGAGGCUCUCGCCCAUUCCUGAGCUGGAGCCCUGGGAGAGAGAAGCAGAAAGGGACUCUGCAGAAUUCACAUACUCCUUAUGCUCAGUGGACAGGUACAGCACUGCCUCCUCCUCCAGCAGCUCCCUAUCUGACUCCCAGGAGAGAGGAGAGCUCUGCGCUGGGAUUGUGCUGAAUUGUCUCUUCUGCCGAUUCUACGACCUGUUCCUCAUGCUACCUGAAACAUGUGAGCGAGCGGCUCACUCCAUCUGCCCUACCUACAUGCUUUUCUCUCCACCUGCGGAACCUACACACAACAACAACUGGAACUGCAGUUGUGAUUAUGACUGUGGCAUAAUGGAUGCCUGUCACGAAACGGGUGAAUGUCUUGAGCUAGCGAUGGAAAUUUCAGAGGUUUGCUAUCACUGA